AUGGUUGGCACAAAACCUUUGCCAGAUGACCUCAACGCUAUUCUCUCACAUAUGCAAGGAAAACAAAUAGUCCAACGCAAGAUUGCCCGCAAGUCUUCCAAGAAUACAAUAAGGUCUUUAUGGUCUCGAAAAUCUACAAAGAAGUCCCCAGAGUCUGGUCCUAUUGUCACGGCCAAGUCUACCUGCAUGGAUGACUCUCAACAAAUCGUUGAUCCGGAAGACAGUCUGAACGGCCAGCCAGAGUUGUCUGACACCCUCCAUUCCAUUCUGUCUCGCUCAAUCAUUCCAGAUCCUUUGGGCGAACUCCCUGCUUGGUUCAAGAAGGAGUCUGACAUGGCUGCCGCCAAUAUGUCCACCUACAGAAUCAAAUAUCCCCUUCAUAAUCCUCUAGGCCCUAGAUGGUACAAAAAUCACCACCUUAUUCCUCCUGCUCAGCUCAAUCCUGGAAAUCGGCCACCUUCCUUUUUCUCUCCUUCUUUUCCUCCCAUGGCCUCAGCCAUUUCUCAUGACCCCUCAGAAGAGACGACGCGAGUUCCUGAUCCAAGUAAAACUCCGUCUGGAUCUCCUCUCCCAACCCCCAGUUCUUCCCAAGUACGUAUACCGGACAUUGAAAGAAUAUCUCGCAGUCGCAAGACUUCCCAGGACAACGUCGAUAUGCUUGAUGUUUCAGAUCCCUGGGGUACUCACUGGCACCACCAGUCACCAUACGAUGCAGGCUCCAAUACAAGCCCGAUCUCAGUAGAUACUUCAGAGGCAAGCGCUCUAUAA